AUGUCAUUUUGGCCAUUUGCUCAAAAUAAUGCAGAAUCUAAAAUUAAUAAGAUUUUAGACAGUUAUUUCAACCUGCUUCAUAAGUUAGAAAGAACAAAUCCAAUAAUUGCAAAAUUUAUUCAUCAGGAAUUCGAUGAAAAUGAUAACAUUGGCAAUAAUACUUCGUUUAAUGUAAGCAAUGAAAAUAUCCUUUCUUCAAAUUCUUCAUCAUCGUCAUCUGUCUCGACUAUACCUUCCUCGAAAAAUAUCCAAAAUAAAAAUAAAAUUAACAGUAGUAAUAGGUUACAAGAAAUCCAAAUAUUACAAAAAUUUGAUACCUCUGGCAAUGACCUCCCAGCUUCGUUAAGAUCUUUAUCUUCAAAUUCUAUCUCUUCAACUUCUGUUUCUUCUUCUUCAAGAACGGAUAUCACUGAAGAUGAUAUUACAAAUGCUACAGUGCCUUUGGUAGAUGAUAUCUCAUCUUUAAAUGUAUCAUUCAUUGAAGGUUUAUUGAACGAAUCGGAUUUGGUCAAUGAAUUGCCAAAGCAAGAUACGAAUCUAUUGGACUUUAUAUGUUUGGGUUUCUUCAUCGAUGAAAAGACAAAUGAAAAGAUUCAAAAUGUAGAAUAUUUAAUCGAUAAUCUAUUAUUAGCCAUUAAAAAUUUACCAAUAGCUACAGAUUUCUCUAAUGAUACAUUUGAUACAAAUAAAAUUUCAUCUGGUAAUUAUAUCGAAGAAAAUACAAGACCUCCAAUUAACAAGACUGAAACUGAAGACUUAAAUGAUCCUGUUCCAGACUAUUUACCCAAUCCAACAGAAGAACCGUCAUUUGCAAGUAUCAUUAGUUUUGAAAAUACUCAAGAAGAUUAUUAUUUGAAGAGAACAAGGGUUAUUUCAGAAAUUUUGUCAAUGGAUGCAUGGUUACUUGUAGAUACUUUAAUGGAAAAUGAGAGAUAUAUGCAUAAAUUAUGGUCUAUUAUAAAUAGUGAUAAUUUCAUAAGUGAUUACUCAGCAGUAGUACCGGUAUUUUUAAAGAUACACCAAAAUUUAUUAACAAUUAAAACUGAACAAUAUAUAGCAUACAUUUCAAAGAAGGAAAAUUUAGUUGAUGAAAUUCUAAAUCAUAUUAACAUUUCGAUGUUAAUGGAAUUUUUCUUAAAGUGUAUCUCUACUGACAAGGUAGAAAGUUCGACAGGGAUUAUAAAUUUAUUGAAAAAACAAAAUCUAAUCACAAAAUGUUUGGAUAUAUUAGAAGAUGAUAAAUUAUCAACAGACAUUCAUGCUAGUUCAGGUGAUUUUCUUAAGGCAUUAAUUUCUGUAUCAGCUAAUACUCCGAUUCAUGAUAUGACAAUAGGUCCAAAUGUUCUAUCAAGGGAAUUAGCCUCUGCUGAAGUGGUAUCGAGAAUGAUAGACAUCAUUGUAAAUAAGAGAAGUUCAGCCUUGAAUAUCACUAUCUCUAUUGUUAUUGAAUUGAUUAGGAAAAAUAAUUCUGAUUAUGAUAAGAUAAAUCUCCUCACCGCAACAUUAAAAGAGCAUCCACCAAGUGACCGAGACCCUAUAUACCUAGGUUAUAUGCUGAGAGAAUUUGCUAUUGGAUUGCCCAAAAUUUUUGGUAUUAUUCUUGAUAUUGAAAAUGACUCAAGAAUUCCAUUUUUAGAAAGUCAAUUAGGUAAAACCUUCAAACCACUUGGGUUUGAAAGAUUUAAAAUUGCGGAACUGUUUGCAGAGCUAUUACACUGUUCAAAUAUGGGGUUGAUGAAUUCUAAAUCAGCUGAAAAGAUUAUUUCUAUACGUAAUAAAAUUAGGGAGCAGCUUGCAAAAGGCGAUGAUUCAUUACUAAAAGAGUACGAAGAUAAUAGUGAAAUUUUUGAAGACAAUGUUGAUGAAUCCUUCGAAAUUCCAUACAUAAAUGAUGAUCAAAAUAAAAAAUUGAGGGAAGAUCCAACUAUCGGUGAUCUAUUCAAAAUUCAAUUGCAUGAUACCAAAAUAAUACCAAAGGUGAUGAAAUUAUUUUUGGAUUAUCCGUGGAAUAACUUUUGGCAUAAUGUUGUUUUUGAUAUUAUUCAACAAAUUUUUAAUGGUAGAAUGGAUUUUUCAUAUAAUUCAUUUCUGGUUUAUUCGAUGUUUAAUUUAAAAGAUUCUUGUAAAUAUAUUCCUAAUAAUGACAGUUCAGACGAUACUAAUGAUUACUUUGAAAUAAUUAAAGAUUUUGUACUAAAGGGUUACCAUGAGUCCUUUAGAUUUUAUGAAGAGAAAAACACCAAUUUAGGUUAUAUGGGACAUGUAGUCCUGAUAGCUGAAGAGGUUGUGAAGUUUUCAAAACUAUAUAAGACAGACUUUAUCUCUCCAGAUAUAUUUCAAAAACUUCAGUCUUCGGAUUGGUUGACUUAUUGUGAUGGUGUUCUUAAUGAAACAAGGGUAAUGUACUCUAAAAUUUUAGGUGGUGGAAGUUUUGUCGAAGAUGCAAAUGGUAAUAUUGUUCCACAGUUGCAAUAUUCAAAUGAUGAUUCUAAUAAUGAUACUAUUUCAGGUGAUUUUAUAGAAAAUGAUGAUUCAUCAUUUAAACUGACAUCAUCAAAUCCAAGAGACGGCUUAGAGUUAGUUAAUGUUGAAGAUUUGGAUGAACAACUAAUGUUAUCGACAGAAUCAGAUUUACACAAUAAACUGAAACAAAUGUUAAUAAGUGCUUCUCAAGAUGAAGUCAAUGCACGUAACGCCAAAAAUGGUGUUAUCAUUCUAGGACCACCUGAAUGA